AUGAACAGCGAAAUCAGUGGUCUUCCAAUGGAAUUGCAGCCAAAAAAAAAUAUGCAAGGAUUUGCUCAGCGACUGAAAGGGAAGCAAGGACGUUUUCGAGGACAUCUUUCUGGGAAGAGAGUGGAUUUCUCUGGCCGAACUGUCAUUUCGCCAGAUCCGAAUUUGCAUAUUGACCAGGUUGGUAUUCCCAUCUAUAUUGCAAAAACACUUACUUUUCCAGAAAUCGUCAAUAAAGCCAAUAUAGAACUUUUGCGAAAGUUAAUAAUAAAUGGUGAUGAUGUACAUCCGGGUGCUAAUCAUGUGGUCGAUCGAAUUACGGGUAAUAAACGCUUCCUUAGAUAUACCAAUCGAAAGCUAACUGCAGCUCAGUUAAAAGUGGGCGAUAUUGUUGAACGUCAUAUCAGUGAUAAUGAUAUCGUUUUAUUCAACCGACAACCUUCUUUGCAUAAAAUAUCAAUAAUGGCUCACCGUGUGAAAGUUAUGCCUGGAAGAACGUUCAGAUUUAAUGAGUGUGUGUGCACGCCGUAUAAUGCCGAUUUUGAUGGCGAUGAAAUGAAUAUACACGUCCCUCAGACUUAUGAAGCACGCGCCGAAGCAUCUUUAUUGAUGGGAGUCAAAAGUAAUUUGAUCACACCGCGAUCUGGUGAACCCCUUAUUGCAGCAACUCAGGAUUUCAUCACCGGUGGUUAUUUGUUAACUCAUAAGGAUAGUUUCUUUCCACGAUCUGAAGUGCAUCGAUUUGCAGCUGCCAUAAUUGACUCAAAAGCUAAGGAGCAAACUCGUAUACGCAUACCACCUCCAACUAUACUUAAACCAAUCGAGCUUUGGACUGGAAAGCAGCUUAUUGAACUAAUCAUAAAACCUGAUAUCAAGUCGACGGUAAAUUUAAACUUGACUACAAAAAAUAAGAAUUAUGUUGGAAACGAGGAGCUUUGUAAUAAUGAUUCAUAUGUAAUUAUUCGUAAUAGUGUAUUGCUUUUUGGAGUUCUGGACAAAGCAUUACUGGGCUCUGGUAGUAAAGUGAAUAUUUUUUAUUUGGUGUCUCGUGAUUUCAGUGAAGAUGCUGCUAUUGGAGCAAUGUGGCGACUUGCGCGUAUGGCAACAGUUUUUUUGUCAAAUCGUGGUUUUUCCAUUGGCAUCGGUGAUGUUCGGCCAAGCCCGGAAUUGCUUGAAAAGCAAACAGAAUUAUUAGCAAAGGGUUAUGGAAAAUGUGACGAACUUAUUAAAAGCCUGGAAGAGGGUCGAUUGAAAGUGCAACCAGGAUUUACGGAAAAUGAAACGCUUGAAGCACUUAUUUUAAAAGAACUUUCAGCUAUUCGAGAUCAUGCUGGUCAAGCAUGUUUGCGAACUCUUUCGAGUCAUAAUGCACCUUUAAUUAUGGCUGUUUGUGGAUCGAAGGGAUCUCUUCUGAAUAUCUCACAAAUGAUCGCUUGUGUGGGACAACAGUCUAUUUCUGGUCAUCGACCACCGGAUGGAUUCGAAGGUCGUUCACUUCCGCAUUUUGAACGGAGGGAAAAAACGCCUAAUGCGAAAGGAUUUGUGAAAAAUAGUUUUUAUUCUGGGCUUACACCAACUGAAUUUUUCUUUCAUACGAUGGGAGGUAGAGAAGGCUUGGUGGAUACGGCGGUUAAAACUGCAGAAACUGGUUAUAUGCAACGACGGCUUGUGAAGUGUAUUGAAGAUUUGUGUGUUAAUUAUGAUGGUACCGUACGUUCGUCAACUGGCGAGAUCAUUGAGUUCGAUUUUGGAGAAGAUGGACUCGAUCCUGCUUCAAUGGAAGCCAAAGAUGGGAAUGUUGUGGAUUUCAAACACGUUUUGGAACACAUAAGAAAUACUGUUCCUUUUUCAUGGAAGGAUGAAGGUGGACUGCAGAUUGAGGAAAUACGAACUUUGGUUGCAUCUACCAUCAGAAAUAAAUUGGGUAGUGGAAAAUAUCAGAGAUUCCGCGAACAGCUCGAAAAUUUUAUUUUUGGGCAUCUUGACAAAACGUCUAAGUAUUAUUCUAUACCAAGCUACUGCAAUAAGCAUAAGAGCAAUCGGGCCAAAUGCUACGAUUGCAUUUCUCAGAAUCGUUAUAGGCAAAAACUAAUCGUUUCAAAUUGCCUUUCGCAUUCGCAAGCAGUGGCUUUCGUUGAAUUUUGCGACAAAAAGCUAAAGCGCGCCAUUGCAGAGCCUGGUAGUGCUGUCGGUGCAGUUGCCGCCACUAGUAUCGGUGAGCCGUCAACACAGAUGACGCUGAAAACGUUCCAUUUCGCUGGUGUUGCUUCUAUGAAUAUCACUCAAGGAGUGCCAAGAAUCAAAGAAAUAAUUGAUGGUGUCAAGGACAUUUCAACUCCAGUAAUAACAGCUGCGUUAGUAGAUGAAACUAAUGAAAAUCUCGCUAGGCUUGUUAAAGCAAGAAUUGAGACGACAACUCUUGGUGAGAUUUGUGAAUAUUUGGAAGACGUGUAUCUUCCAGACGAUUGUUUCAUCCUUUUGAAAAUAAAUGCUCCACUGGUACGCGCUCUUCGCCUUGAAAUUACCAUGGAUUCUAUAGUGAAUUCGAUAUGCUCUGCAAAACUGCCAGUUACAGUAAAAGCAUCACAGGUUAAAGUUCGAUCGAAAACAAUACUUACUAUCAGACCUCCAGAUAUGGAGAAAUGUUCCAAAUUGAUGGCUUUACAAUUUUUGAAGUAUGGCAUUGGCAAAGUAAUUGUUAAAGGUAUCAGAGGAGUGUCGCGUUGCGUGAUUCAUGCUGAUGAUAAAAAAGGAGAAUCAUAUAAAUUACUUGUUGAAGGAAACAGUUUCCUGGAGGUUUUGGCCACCAUUGGUGUUGAUGGUCGUCGUACAACUUUCAAUAAUGCUUUAACAGUUGCAAAGGUCCUUGGAAUUGAAGCUGCUAGAACCUCAAUUAUCCAAGAAAUUUUAUCGACAAUGCAAAAUCAUGGUAUAACCUUGGAUCGGCGACAUGUAACGUUGCUUGCUGACUAUAUGACUUUUCGGGGUGAAGUCUUGGGUAUUACUCGUAAUGGGCUCGUGAAAAUGAAAGAAUCAGUGCUUCUUCUUGCGUCUUUCGAAAAAACGAUGGAUCAUUUAUUCGAAGCUGCUUUCUUUUCUCAAGAAGAUAAAAUAUCGGGUGUAAGUGAAUCAAUUAUUUUGGGAACUCCUAUAAAUGUUGGCACUGGUCUUUUUAAAAUACUUCACAAGUCUUCCCCCGUAAAUACUUCACGACAAAAAACAAUUUUUGAAAUGUAUGAUUUUAAAUUGAAUUUGUGA